AUCAAUUACAUAGCAAACGGUAAAUCUUUUGAGUCAACGGUCAACAAUCAACAUUGCCUCUCCAAUAUUUCCAGCGCAUUAUUCCACGACGCUAUUCCUUUAUCCAGGCCCCAAUCUUACUAUUCGAGUACCUCGAGAAUAUAGAAUGUCGAGCAGACAGUUAAGAAAACUUCAAAAGCAGAAAGAGCUAGAAGAGCUCCAGGCGAAGAAUUCUCUCGAGGAGGACGACGAACCGAGUGACGAUGACCGGCCCGUCCAGAAACCGAGAGCAAGCGCAUUCUCCGGAUUUGCAGCGCUUAGGGACCAAGAUGAUCAGGAUGAGGAUUCCGACCACGACGCGAAGGAAGACGAACUAGUAGAGGCUACAACAAAGCCAAGUGUCGAACCCAGCCGUACCGAUGCGCCUAAGAGCUCAUCGAAGAAGAACAAGAAAAAGAAGAAGAAGGCUAAGAAGCAAGAUGGCGCUCCCGUUAAGGCUGAACCCAUUGCGCAAAGCGGACUAGACGAAAUUGAUCAAGCGCUAAGGGAGCUCGAGCUUUCUAACCCUGGAAAAGAAAACGACGAUGAUUUUCAACUGAACAUUGUCAAGCCUUACGAGCGAAUUUGCGAACUCCUAAGCAUCAAUGCGUAUCACCUUAGAGUAAUCAAUGAGAUGAGCAACCUAUUUGGUCGAGAAGCUAUCGCUGCCGCUCAGAUCGAGGAGCAAGAACAGACGCGUACUAGAAGACAAAGGCAGCCGUUACCCCAGCAAGUUGACUUGGAAACCUACCUUAAGGGGGUACCGGGGAAGGGCUUGCCUGAAGUAACGCUGCGACGGAACCCCUUUUUGGCUGGCAAGGAAACAUGGCCACGUGCUUCUACGGAGGGCCUGACUAUGGAACAGUUCAAGGAGGAAAAGGAGGGAGUGGCUUGCCUGCCGGGCACUAUUGAGUUCCGCUUUGCGCACGAUACAUACUACAACAGGUUGGAAAAUGCGUUCUUUGACCUCGUUCAGAUGUACGAUCCUAUGCAUAUAGUGCAUUUUCUACAUCUGCAUCCGUAUCACGUCUCCAGCCUUAUCCAAGUUAGCAGAAUCGCAAAACAAGACCAGAAUUCGGCGCUUUCUGCAGACUUAUGCGAACGAGCCCUUUUCACCUUCGGCCGAGUCUCGCUAUCGACUUUCCGACAGAAGAUAGAGCAGGGAAAAGCGAGAUUAUCGUUCAACCGCCCGGAGAACCGACAGUUUUGGUUGGCUGGAUAUCAUUACCUUAAGAAUCUAAUCAUGAAGGGCACCUACAGGACGGCACUGGAAUGGGCGAAGCUUUUACUAAGUAUAGAUCAUACCGAUCCGUACGGGGUUAUCCACUUUAUCCACCCACUCGCCAUACGGGCACGCGAAUCAAAGUGGUUCAUUGACCUUUGCGAUUCGGAGAUUUUAGAUGUAAAUCAUGCGGCACAAGACGGUCAAGAUUACAUUAGGCAGACUCUCGUACUAGCUAGACUCCAACAAAAGGACAUGGCUGGCGCUAAAGCAUUGUUGGUCGAGGGCAUGGAGCGCUUGCCUUGGCUGUAUAGCUAUCUCUUCAAAGCACUCAACUUGGAUGUUCCCAAGAUCAUAUGGGGCAUGCAACCGCGCAACCGAGAUGAGGAACUUCAUACAAACGUCUACAUCCAUCAGACAAAACCAUUAUGGGAUAACACUCAAGCAAUAUCUCUUUUGAAAGAGGUAGCGGCUGAGGCGAAGAGGGCGGACGUCAACAAAACGCUCCCAUCCCCACCUACGGUUGGAGUCAAUCUUGCACGAUUUGUCUUCCUACUAGAGGUUCCCUCUUUGAUAGGACUGGUACCGCGCGACUUGCUAAAUACGUCAGUUAAUUGGGAAUUUGACCCGCUCCCACCUCCUCUCGAGCAAAACAUCUUCUCGUACGAUUCGCAGAAGCAGCCGUGGACUCCCUCACAACUUGAAGAUCGACUUAGGGCUGGCCUCGAGCAAGGCGAUCGCCGACAGCUUAUGCGAAUAUUAGCCCAGGCAAGACUGGCCGGUGCACCUGAGGAUAUUCAAGCGGAUCUCGAACGGGCCAUCUUGGAGGAGGCCGACGGUGUAGGUGGAAAUCACGACGACGGCGGUAAUGAUGAUGGCGAAGCGAGUGAGUAUGCAUUUGAAGAAGGCGGGUCUCAGAAUGAAGCUUCUCUUGGCGGCUGGUCAACAAUCUUCCAGGCCGUCAUGAACCUAUUCGAUACGGACGAAGGUGCUGCCGAUGAUUUCAAUAUGCCCAACGGGCCCUUGGGGCAUAUACCUGGUACUAUGCCCGGAACAUGGCAGGAUGAGGACUCAGACGAAGAGGGGACGGAUGACGAGAUGCCUCCUUUAAUACCUUUGAGAGACUCGACUAAUCCUAGAGAGCCUGGAAAUGAAGCGGGUAAUGCCGGGGAUGGAACGGACGACGAGAUGCCAGGAUUAGUGUAAAUCCGGUAUGGCCUAGUUCGAUUGGUACGAAUGGGCAUAGUCGUGAGAUGCUUCUGGGAUAUGGUAUCGGUAUUCGAUGAAUGUAUGUGUAAAUAGAUAUGUGGAAAUCGGCUUCUCGAUGUCUAUAUUUAGUAAGCUGUGACACUUCAUCCGUCUGCCUAUGAUUUAGGUUUCUAAUUUUUAAUUUUGCAAUGAGCAAGUUUUCUUUCUCUCUCUUCGUAAUCAAAACUCAGGUCCGGUUUCAUAUCUGGAUGAAAAGAAUAGGGGGUGGAGGAUGGGAAACUU